UACUGCGGAAACGAGACAUUCACCUGUUUUGUUUUGAUUAUUUUGAGUUGAGUUGUAAUGGAUGUUAAUAACAAGGUUUGAAAGUGCAGCGUGGAUUCGUGGUGAAGCUGGGAAGCAGCCAGUCCUCCUGGUGUAUCGGGCCGCUCCGGUUCGGCUCGGUUUAUGCGGUGAAUGCUCGCCUGGCCGCCGGGGUGUUGCUCCCAGCGGCAGCAGCGGAGCAGUUGGAGCCGCUGAACAAAGAGCUUUUCUUCCCCGGACCAUUGUUACCGCGCAGGGCGCCUGGAAAGCUUUGGGACAAACUGCUAGCUUCAGUUCUACAGAGUCGGUCCAGUUUAGUUUAGUGUGAAGGAGCAACGCUGCGUGGAGCCUCUCACUCAAUGACGGCUAGAGAUGGGCCCCAGGCCCCCCAGCAACCCUGAACGGAUAAGCAGGUUCGGGGCGGCCUGUGCUCCAGUCAUGACCUCUGGCAACGGGAGCAGUAAAAACAGCCAACAUGAUGGAGAGAGCAAAGCAGCCCAGCAGGCCGUAGACAAGUCCCACAUCCUGACACACCUGAUUGAAGGCUUUGUUAUCCAGGAAGGUGCAGAGCCUUUCCCUGUGGAGCGUCCGUCGUUCUCCAUAGAGAGCCUCAGGAGACGUGCAGCAGAAUCAAAGAUGGAAGGCUUGUCUGCUAAAGAGUUAAAGGCCCAGCAGGAGCCCAUGUUGACCUGCGAGCUGUGUGGGAAGGUGGACUUUGCCUACAUCUUCAAAAGAUCCAAGAGGUUCUGUUCCACAGUGUGCGCCAAGCGCUACAACGUGGGAUGCACAAAGAGAAUGGGUCUCUUCCCAAACCGCAAAACCAGUCUGGAGAACCUGAAGAAGCGAGCGUUGAAUGGGAACCACAGAACCAGUUUAGAGUCUAAAAAGAAGAGUGCUCCCCCUGCUGGUCACUCUAUCCAUCCUGCUCAGGAGGAAUCCAGUCAAUGUCCAGAGCUGUCUGGAUAUAAAGGAACGCCGCUGCCUGCUGAGCCACGGGCAGCGGUGCUGCAGGCCUCUGAUCUCCCCCUGCUACCCCACGGCUUUGUGUCCAGCGAUCCGGGUCGGUGGAACAUCCAGGAGGUCUACGACUUCAUCUCCUCACUGCCAGGAUGUUUGGAGAUCGCAGAGGAGUUCCGCUCUCAGGAGAUCGACGGUCAGGCUCUGCUGCUGCUGAAGGAGGACCACCUCAUGGGAACCAUGAACAUCAAACUGGGCCCCGCGCUGAAGAUCUUCGCUCAGAUCAGCAUGCUCAAAGACUCGUAGCUCAUCUCCCAGUUAGACCUCAGUUACACACAGCCUGGUUGUUACUGGACUCUUCAGGCUCACUCAGGAUCUUUGGAUAUUCUCCACGAACUUAGAGAAUCACUCAGUAUUUCCUCAUUUCACUCAGCUUCAGGAUCAAAAGCUGUGGGACAGCCAGAGGGACUUGGUCUUGUUUAGGCUGAUCCCUGUAGCUCUGCUAGCGUGUUUCUGUCCUGUAGAUUGGCUUCCUGCUUCAGGUCAGCAGCAGGACUGUAGUUUCUACUAGACAUACAGAGCGAUGGAAUGAAAUUACCGUAGCAUUGCUUCAUUCUUUGGAGCAGUGUUCUGUGAGACAUACCUAUAGUCAACAUGCAUGCGUAAAACGUCAGAUUUGUAUUUAUCCUUUUAGUUUUGUAUGAAAAAUAUAGAUUAAACUACCUCGACGGGGGUGUAUCCCUUUAGUCGUGUCUAAAAAAAACUAAUUUAAGGUCACAUCCCCGUACUCUUAAAAAAAAAACACCCAAAAGAAAGUAAUUCAAUACUUUUUUGUACAUGACUAAAGGGAUACACGCCCCCUUGAGGUAGUUUAAAGUCUAUUUUUCGUACAAAACUAAAGGGAUAAACGGGUUUUGAUUAUGCGUAUGCUGGUCUGACCAGGUAUGCUCAUCUGACAGAGCACCGGUUCAAUUUAAAUCAGCUGGUGGUAGCUGUACCACCCAUCCAGAUUCUUACUGCCAAUCUCCAUUGGUCUGUAGAAACCUUGGCAGCAUCCAGGACCAGUCGUCCUCCAUCACAAAGAAGCCAUGACGGUCCUGAUUCAUACCUGAGAGAAGCAACUAAAUUAGAUUUUCACUGUAGGAGGAAGCUGGAGGACAUGGAGAAAACCCACGUACAGCAGAUGGGAUACGACACCCAGUCCACUCUGCACAUACACACGUAAAGAGCAUCAUUUCUUCACCUUUCCUGAGUUCAGCAUCAACAUGGAGUGUCUUCUCAAUUCAGGAAACUCCUCAGCAAUCCCCCUGAUAUAGGAUAAACAUGUUUUGAACUGCUGUAAGAGACCAGCAUGUUGUGAGAAGCAGCAGCAGACAGUGUGUUGGCCUGUCAUAGAUAGAUCAGAAUAGAUGCUGAGCUCUCUCCAUAAUUAGGCCCUCAAGCAUCAGAUGAAUCAGGAGCACCUUCUCUUGGAUCAGUUUUCCCCUUCUGACUGUAGAACUGCUGCUUUUCACCCAACAGCUGUGAAUCAGGCCUACAGGGCGGGUUCUACUGGAGCAACUUCAAUCAAAACUUUAUUACACUUUAACUGUGACACAAGGUAGAAAAAGACAGACAGGAAGAGGAACAUAAUCACACCGUCUUUUUCAUGGGGACCUUAGAGGAACAGCUGCAGGUUUUUAAGGUCUGUUUCUGAGGAGGAGUUCUGAUGCAAUCCUCCUCACUGCAGAUACACUGAUAACACUGUGACUGAAAAUUGGACACCCAAACUGAUUUACUGAUUCGACAGGAAGGCUAUAACGACACAAUAUAAAGCUGGAGAUCUGGACGGAUUUUAAUAUUUCCUUUGCAGCUCCUGUCUUCUUCUCUCUCUGGUAUCUGAAAGAAAUGGAAAUGCUGUCAGCUGCUGGUGCAGCUCUGAAUUAAACCAGCUCGCAGGAUGUUUUCAGGUGUUCACAUGAAAGUCUAUGCACACAAACUUGACUGCAAUAAGUGCCUGUGGCUGUUGGAGCAGAGUGACGAAGACACUUAACCAUGGCUGGGAAUUACAAAGGAAGAAAUAGAGCCUGUUGGUUCUUUCCUCAAAUCAUUACCAAAGUCAUGUUGAACUGAAGCCAGGUCUGCUCUGCUGACUGAUUGGUUGAUUCUUUUGUUGGUUAUCUGUAGAAUGAUGUUCGAUACAGUUCUCUUAAGGUUUUCUUUGACAGAAAACACUUGAAUAAAGUCAGUAGAUUUGUUCAAAAA